UCAAGUGUAGUAUCUGUUCUUAUCAGUUUAAUAUCUGAUACGUCCUCUAUCCGAGGACAAUAUAUUAAAUGGAUUUUUGGAGCAGGGAGGUUGGAAUAGGAGCUUGCUCCGUCCACUCCACGCAUCGACCUGGUAUUGCAGUACUUCCAGGAGCGGUGCACCUUCCCCACGAAAAUGGUGAACGAAAGAGGUGUUUGGUAUGGUACCCUCUGUCCCCUUACCACAUCCUUGGUGCCACCUGUGCCUCGGAACGUAGCUGGCAGAAAGCGUCCCCACCGGGCUCAUGGGGCUCGCCCCAGCUCUCCCUCCGCAGGCCAGGGAAAACUAGGCACCGUCAACGUUUGCUACCGGCCGUCCAGAGGCCCUUAGAGGAAAGGUUCUCCACGUCUAAAUACCUGCAUCCUGGGACACGCUCCCAGCGAUCUGCCAGGGUGACCGCUCAUCGGCUGUCCCACCCGGCCGGCCUGUGGGAUACUGCGUCCGGACCUCCGACCCGUCCCCAGCAGACCUGCGAUGGGAGGUGUCCCUCCGCGAAUGGGUCUCACCGACUCGGGUUCCUCUGGCCGUGUUCUCGACUGCAUUCCACAGAGGCAACGUGGAGCCCGCGGGGAUGGUGUCUCCCAUUCUGGGGGGUCUGCCUUCAGGAAGGAGGACUGGGUACUUCUUUGUUACGGCAAGGAGAAAAGGGGAGGACGGUGGGUGCCGCGGCACGACGUGUUCCGAGACCGCUGCAGCGCUCUCCCCUCUGGGAGAUUCCUUCAUUCCUCCAUUUCCAGGUCCUUGUAGACGGUUUGGUCCUAGCCGCGGAGGGAGGAAUAAGGGCAGGCAGGCAGGCAGAAGUAACGCCUGGGCUGACGACCCAGCAGAGACGGUGUCGAGACGCAGGGAAGGUAAGGUCGCUGAGACCCCGCGGCGUGUCUUCGGUUUUGAGAGAAGGAAAAGCGGCCGCGGAAGCUGGCCCCGCUGCUCACGGCUAGGCCGGGGUGGUCUCCCGUUGGCCGUGGACAGUUUCCCGCGAGG